AAAAUGCUCAACCAGCAUCAAGAGCUGCCAGGUAUUAAAUUGUGAUACCAUCCGAACGCUCCUUUGUUUUGCUACAUACUUUGGCCAUGUGAAUUCCUUUGGGCGUACUUGACCAGAACGAAUAGAGAAUGUUUCCAUAGCAAUGGGAAAAGCCGCGCGACGGUCAGUUGCGUCAGAUCCGUCGUCGCCGACCUUGUCCUUUUUGCAUUCUUCAACCACGUCAUCAACUGGCGCAACAUCAUCCUCCGGAUAUUCACCGGCAGCAGCUGCAGCAUCCACAUUCACAAAUCCAUCCUUCCAGAGCAGCCGAAGCAGCAGCUCGUCACCCCCUUCGCCUUCGGAUCGCUCAUCCUAUCGUCCAUCGAAAACCGCAACACUCCAAUCAGCACCGUUGCCUUCGUUGGCAUCAGCAAAUUCCAACACCCUCGAUCCCCUGUCGGAAGCCACAGGAUCCUUCUACACCACCACCCCGAAGCACGAGACUCCAACGUUUAGCAACCAGACCCAAACGGAUCGGGAACGGGAGCGCCAGCGAAUGGAGUUCUACGCGACUUACGACGUGAUGACCGGUGUCCGGAUAGCAGCCACCCUCGGUGGCUUUUUUGGCCUUAUGGUGUUCCUGGUGAUCUACAAGAGCCGCACCCGAUCGACGGCAAAAGCGUUGAAGGACCCAACGAUAGCAGCCGUCGCAGCGGCCGUCAUUCAGGAAGAGGAGGAACGCGAACUACAGGAAGCAAUCGAAGCGACGGCGUUCUCGCUGCUACAAGAAGAGCUGCACAUAAACUAUCCGGGCCUGAAGCGGGACCGGUUACUGUCGCUGGGGAAUGUGAGCGCGCCACCGAUGCUGAAUCGUAACUCGCGGUUCUCGUCCGUUGGCGGUGGGUACAGCAGUUUGCUGAACCCACCGCGACGGUAUUCGUAUGCGAGCAGCAGGGGCCAUCGGAACAGCGUUUCGGUGUCCUCGAGGAUACUCAGUGCCUACAAUAUGGGUGAAAGUUUCGGCCAAGAUGACUACUUUCCGGAAAGCGAUGGUGAGGAAGCCGACGAUGAGUUCGAUCAGUUUACGACCACCGCGGAUGUGGGUUAUCCGCCAGGAAAUUUUCUAGUCGUGCCUGGGAGGGGGACAGAAUCACGUCGAAGCAGUGCGAUGACUUGCUGCAGCACUGAAAGUUCAUUCCUGGAGCGACGCUGUUCCGCCAUUACGCUAGGGUUAUCUCCGUUACCACCGAUUUCGCGAUCACCGUCGCGGCAGCAGAGUCGCGACGAUCGUAGCCAAAUGAUGAACGGAUCCGCACUAGGGGCGACCUGUGCGGACUGGGAUGCGUUCUAUCCCGGAAUUAAUAUUAUCGAAGCAACGCCAAAAUCGUCACCUUGUCCCAGCGAAAGGGUGGCGCACCGAUCAACGAGCCUAUCAGCGCGAGACAGUUUUACCAGUAGGAAUCAUCGACUAAGUGACGAAAACUCGAUCGACUGUAUAUCCGAGUAUCCAGAUACGAAUGGUGCUGAAUUUAGCCAUAAUCAAAAAUCAUUACGACAAAGUUAUAGCAGUAGCAGUAGAAUAGAUGACAUUAGUAUAGCAAACCAUAAUCCUAGCAGUAAUGUUGUUGUGCGUAGAGCUCCUCUUGCGUCGCUUAGUUCCUUUAAGAUGUCGUCGGCUGACUGCCAGGAUAGCGAUUUACACAGCUGCGGGUCGGAUUCAGUGUUCGACGACAGUUGUGCGGAUACCGACGAAGAUCUGCAACAGUUCAGUACCGAUAGCGAUGAGCUCAGUAUUCCAGACGAGGGCGAAUGUUCCGCAGCUCCUGUGGCAAUAAAGAUCGCAGGUCCUAGCACUUCAGUAACCUAUUCCGUUGAAACUGUAGGGACUGGUGGCACCACUGGCGGGCAGAGUAGUAGUAGUAGCAGCACAAACCGGCUGCAACAGCAACAACUGCAGCAGUGUGAUGCUGGCAGUGGUGCCAUCAGUGAUACGGUGUAUGUCGAUAUUGAAAACCCUAAAGAACUUAGUUGUUUAAGUAGUCUUUCAAAUAGUAAUCGCCGUGGCAAAGCGAAACUGAAAACCGAUAGAGUGAAUUUAGUGACUAAAAUCGAAACAAAAGCAAUCAUCGAAAGACAGCAACAAAAUGACAACCGGGAUAGGUCACCCUCUCCGCGAUCGUCUGCCCAAGCAGUGUCACAGCCUCACGGGAAAUUGACAGCGCUGAUGACAUCCAGCGGUGCGUCUUUGCCUAGCCAUCAAUCGUCUAGCGGUCAUUCAAGUAGUCAUAAAAGUAAAGGCAACAAUAACACUAGUCCUAGCAAACCUAAUAAUGAAAACGACGAUAAUAGCAAUCAAGUUGAGGAUGCGAGUAGUACUAAAUGCGUUGAAGUUAAUGUUAUAAUCAAAAACCAUAGCAGUAAUAUCAAAAGCCCCUCUGUGAUUCUUGAGCUACCUAUACUGACAAUAGACGAGGAUAGCUCCCAAUCCCCACUGUCGCCGGUGGAUCCAUGCGUGCCAGGUCCAUCCCGAAAGUGGUCCAAAGAGACGCUGUUCUAGUUGCAAUGGUUUCGGUUGUCACUGUCCUUAAGUCUGCUGUACACUACACCAAGCACACCGCCACGAUACACCAUAAAAACUGUUAUCAAACGAAUUUUAGUGCUGAUGGAUCACGCCCGCUGCAGGUUAACAUCUUCAAGCUUCGCUCAUCACCUCGUACGUUCAUUUAAAGCAAACAACGGAUUCCAAUAUCUAUCUGUAAUUUGUCAAUCCGUCCAAAAAUCUUUCGGUCAAGGUAUCUAUUUGACGAUAGUUAUGAUUGUUAGCAACAAGUUUAACACCGUUCCGGAAACAUCAGGACAUGUCGAUGAAAUAUCUUUCCUUUGGUAGCUUUGUGAAAUAGAAAUAGGAUGAAAUUAUUUGAAAUCACAUACAUUAUGCAUUGAUCAUUAGCAAACGUUUUUAAUUCACCCUUCUUUGAUUUAACCUAGACGAAUUGGACCAAAUUAUUAAGAAUUUAGUUG